AGAGAGAACAAAUAUAUAUUGAUGAUGUCAUAUGUGUGCGCCGAGACCAAGGAUCAACAAUGGCGACCGAGAAGACAAAACAAGAAACUCCAGAUGAGGAUUACUCGUUAUUACCCUUGGUUCACGAUAUAAUUAAAGGCAUGGACAAAGAUGGAGCUGAUGUGCAGCAGGAGCUGUCGAAGCUCAAGGCGAAGAUCCAGGAGUCCCGAGAGCAGAUAGCGCUGAUGCCUGGGAUCGACGUGAGCCCCACGGCACAGCAGCAGCAGCUGGAGACAUUACGCGAGCAGGUCCGCACCAAGAAGCAGCUGCUGCAGAAGUACAAAAGCCUCUGCAUGUUUGAGGUGCCUAAAGCCUCCUGAAGCCAAUGGGACACAUUAACUGUCCUGCAUGGCUGUCAAGUUGCUGAUGCCUGGCCAGGACUUCUCACAUAAGACAUUCAACCAACCCAUUUUCUAAUAGGGUCUUUUUUUUGUGCAAGUUGCUGAUGCCUGGCCAGGACUUCCCACACAAGGCCUUCAACCAACCCAUUUUCUAAUGGGGUCUUUUUGUGUAUGUGUGUGUGUGAGGAGAGGGAGUGAGAGUGACCGAGGCAGCUCUGUUUUUUCUAUAUUGUUGUGGUGUGUUGUAAUUUUCAUUUUUGCAA